CUCCAGCCAUUGGUGUCUGUGUCAUUACUAACAGAGUCUUGUAAACACUCGUUAAUCACGUAAGGCCGCCGGCCUGGGGCUCCGCACGCCAGCCUGUGGCGGGUCUUCCCCGCCUCUGCUGCCUAGUGGGAAGGAGGUGGGAGGAAAGAAGGAAAAAGAGAGGAAGGGAGGAGGCAGGCCAAAGGGAAGGACCGCCUCAGAGGCAGAAGCGCCGCGAGGAGCCAGUGGAGCACUGCGCGGCUGGGGCGCAGCCACCCGAGGUUUCUCUUGCCCCCACACCCUUUCCCUAUCGCCCCUUCCACCCCCACCCCCGGCAACCUUCAGCGUUCCUCCCUAGGCAGUAUGGUGAGGUCUGCUCUCAGGCCCUCGCCACCAUGUACGUGAGCUACCUUCUGGACAAGGACGUGAGCAUGUACCCCAGCUCCGUGCGCCACUCUGGUGGCCUCAACCUGGCACCGCAGAACUUCGUCAGCCCCCCGCAGUACCCGGACUAUGGUGGUUACCACGUGGCGGCCGCGGCCGCUGCAGCCGCGAACUUGGACAGCGCUCAGUCCCCGGGGCCGUCCUGGCCGGCAGCAUACGGUGCCCCGCUACGAGAGGACUGGAACGGCUACGCGCCAGGAGGCGCAGCGGCUGCAGCUAACGCGGUUGCCCACGGCCUCAACGGGGGCUCCCCGGCCGCCGCUAUGGGCUACAGUAGCCCUGCCGACUACCACCCGCACCAUCACCCGCAUCACCACCCGCACCACCCUGCCGCCGCGCCUUCCUGCGCCUCGGGGUUGCUGCAGACGCUUAAUCCGGGCCCUCCCGGGCCCGCCGCCACAGCCGCUGCGGAGCAGCUGUCCCCGGGCGGCCAGCGGAGAAACCUGUGCGAGUGGAUGCGGAAGCCAGCGCAGCCGUCCCUCGGAAGCCAAGUGAAAACCAGGACGAAAGACAAAUACCGAGUGGUGUACACGGACCACCAGCGGCUGGAGCUGGAGAAGGAGUUUCACUACAGUCGCUACAUCACCAUUCGGAGGAAAGCCGAGCUGGCUGCCACACUGGGGCUCUCUGAGAGACAGGUUAAAAUUUGGUUUCAGAAUCGCAGAGCAAAGGAAAGGAAAAUCAACAAGAAGAAGUUACAGCAACAGCAGCAGCAGCAGCCCCAGCCGCCUCCCCAACAGCCUCCCCAGCCACAGCCGGGACCUCUGAGAAGUGUCCCGGAGCCCUUGAGUCCUGUGUCUUCCCUCCAAGGCUCAGUGCCUGGCCCUGUCCCUGGGGUUCUGGGGCCAGCUGGGGGGGUGUUAAACCCCACUGUCACCCAGUGACCCCAGUGGUCUGCGGUGGCCCCAGAGCAAUUCCAGGCUGAGCCAGGAGGCGCAUGGACUCCGCUAGCAUCCUCAGAAGAGACC